AUGAGGCAACUGGCAACCGGACCAACCCCAAAUUGGGGCAACUGCAACCGAAAAAAAGACCGGACCAUGGUCCGGUUCAGUUCGGUCCACCGGUUUUUUGCGGUCCUAUGGACUGAACCUUUAAACACUAGUCCUGCGUGUCAUUGCGCUCUCAAAGUCAAGCUUGCGGCAGGUAGUAAUUUCCCUGGCCAGUAUUACAUAUGGUGCCAUGCCCACCACUACCACUACACCUUUAUGCCAGGCGUUGCACCCAAUGCCAUUUCAGCGCCCACCUCUCAUUCCUCUACAACCACCUUUAUCCACACGGUCGCUAUGUUCAUGCGUUCUGUGGAGGCUUCAACACGGGAGGCCAAACUUGCUCGUGCACAGGAGCUUGCGGACGAAGCCAAGGAAGAGGCUGAUUAUCAGGCAGCCCUUGCAGCUUCUCUCAGUCACUCUCCACCACACAACAACACUCAUUCCUCUCCUUCAGACUUUGCCUCCACCUCACACAUUACCUCCUCGCACUUUGCCUCCUCCUCAUGUAUCACCUCUUCCUCGCAUGUUGCCUCUUCCUCACGUGUUGCCUCCUCACGUUCUGGCCCAUUGUCCCUGGUUCGUUUUACACCCUCUCCUCCAGCACCACCCCCCAGCACUAGCACCAAGGCUCCAAAGCACACAAUCCAUCUUCGUUCUGAAUGGAUGCGGGGUUAUGAAGACAAGACGUCGCAACUGUUGAAGAAGCGAGGGCAAGCGCAGGGUGACAUGGCACUGCUCCACAAAUUUUUUAUCAUGUUCUGGCGACAGGAUGGUGCACCACCUGAGGUUCUAUCAGUGCAAGUUUUACAGGGGUGGCCAACAUGGACGUUAGCACAAUGCCCAAAGACCCUGGAGAAGCUCGGAACUGAAGUGCUUGAUGUCUACAACAUCCCCAGUCGUCACUGGGUCCAAGUUGAUGCCAGCUGGCCACACUCCGUAUCUACCAACACCCACCUCCUCUUUCGUUGCCGAAAUGUCAAGUGUUUGGACUUCGACAAGGAACUUGCUACCAUCAUGAGGAAGAACACUCACCUUCGCACCAACAUGCCAGGUGAUCGGAGUAGUGUAUGA